UGCAUCUGAAAUCUUUAAUCCUAUUGAUUUGAUUGCUGGGUGAGUUUAUUUGAUAUCGGUAUUUUUUCUUGUGGUAUUUCUGCUUGAUUGCUCAUUAGAGCGUUGUUUUAUUAGAAGCAUUGUUUACCUGGACCGUCGCUGGGAUUCUGUCAGAGCUGAUUGUGGCUAAGUACACCUCACUCUCUUUGAAAAGGUCGGGUUUUUUUUUUCCCCUGUUGGAUCAGAUCCUCAUCUGGAUCUGAAGAUGGCGAGCUAGGAAUGGACUAUGGACUUUAUAAUUUUGAAAUUAAUUUGUUUUGAGUUAAUUCUCUUCUGUCUUUUGUGUUGCUAUAAUUGUCUGUUUUUAUCCAAUCACCUAAAAUAUAUCUACCAAACCUAAAAGCACAGCCUCCUGUUUUUUCCACACCUCAGGCUCCUUACAAGGACACUCUUCUGAUGCUGCUUUUGUAGCCGCAGUUAGCUGCCUAGCCCAUAAGUGUUACAUUACUUUGGCGAGCUAGCCAGGAGCCUGAUACUGUGAAAGUUUUGGUGGAUGUGUUUUGUGGGUUGUAUUGAAAUAUGGAUUUCUUUGACCAAAUUGGUAUCAAUGUUGCUCAUUCUGUCAUCAUUAGUGGUGUAACGAACACUCAAGCAGAUGAUGAGAUCACUGAUUAUUUACGUAGUUAUGGUGAAAUUAAGGUUUUUCCUGUUACUGCACGUGAAAGUCCAUUUUAUAAAAACCUGGCCGUUGAAUUCAUUAAUUCUGCAGAUUUGGAAAAGCUAAAAUCGCUUUUACCCUAUGUUUACCCAUCUCAGGUUGCAGAAGAUGUUAUAUUUGUUGUUAAAUUACUUUCAAGAGAGUGCCCUGCCACAGCCACAGUGGACACGACCCUACCUCCCGAUUACCUCCAUGUACUGAAACGUAUUUCCCAGCAGAGUGGACAAUCAUUUGAUGACGUUUUGAGAGGAGCUUUUGGACAAAUAAGUGCUCAUUUAGGAAUAGUGGCUACUGGAGGGGAGCCUGAUGAGGAUGAUGGAGGGGAUGGUGAUGAGGAGGAUACUGUUGAAAUACUUGCCACUGGAAAAGAGUCUAGUCAGACUCAGUCAUCUGCUCUUCCCUCAGACCAAUCAGAUCAGUCCACCACCUACCAGCAGGGACCACAAACUCAACCAAAUCCAACUACAAAUGUGGGGCCGAGAAGUUUCCUCUCGGGGAAUGAUCUGAAUCCUCCCGGCAUUCAAAGGGUUGUAGUUGAACACAUUGUGCGCAGAGAUGAUGUUAAUCUUCAACCUCUGGCUUCAUUUAGACUACGUGUUUUUUCAGGAAGACUUCCAAAACCUCAGCAUGAGGCAGAUUAUGAGUCCUGGAGGUCUCAAGUAGAACUUUUAAAUGCAGAUCCAAGUCUUGCACCUUUACAUGUUACAAGGCGCAUUUUGGAAGGGUUGCUCCCUCCAGCUGCUGACCUAGUGAAGGGUUUGGGCCCUGAUGCCCUGCCUGCAACAUUUUUGCAGGUACUUGAUUCUGCAUAUGCCACUGUUGAGGACGGAGAGGAAUUGUUUGCAAAAUUUUUAAACACGCUUCAGGACCAUGGGGAACGACCAUCUUCUUAUCUGCAGAGACUCCAGUUGGCUCUCAGCACAGUGGUGAAGCGUGGUGGGAUUCCAGCUACUGACAUGGACAAAUAUUUGUUAAAACAAUUUUGUAGAGGUUGCUGGGAUAACAGCAUGAUAAACAAACUGCAACUAGAAAAGAAAAAAGACCAACCACCUCCUUUUUCAGAGCUUUUGUUAACACUUAGAAUAGAAGAGGAUAGACAGUUGGCAAAAGAGAUGUUAAUGAAAAAACAUAUCCCAUCAGUCAAGCAUCGUGUCAAUGUACAAGCUCACACUACCAGUGCAUGUUCAUGUGGCCAUCUAUCAGACUUGGGUGCUAUUGAAGAUUUGAGAAAGCAAAUGCUGAAGCUGCAGAGUCAAAUGUCAGCCUUGCUGUCUAAGGACUCCAAUUCUGCUAAACCAGAAAAUCAGCUGAAAAAACAGAAACCAAAACCUGGCCAAACCAGUAGUAGGCCAAAGCCCUGGUUCUGUUUCAAGUGUGGACAGGAUGGUCACAUUGCUCCUAACUGUUCCAGUCAGCCAAAUUCCAGCCUGGUUGAAGAAAAACGCCGCCUGCUUCAACACAAACAGCAGUCCUGGGAGAAAAGUAAACCAUCAAACUAGAAGCAGUUUUCACUGAGGGACAAGUGGGAGCUGCAGCCAGUGAAUGUCCCCACACUAAAGACUCAUCUUCAUAUUUUCCAUUACCUAAAGGAUUAGUGGGCACAAGGAGUACUGGUGAGGUGAAGAUUAAAGGGAUCAAGUUUCAUUGCCUCUUGGACACAGGUUCUCAAGUCACCACAAUUUCACAUUCCUUCUAUAACACCCAUCUAUCGGAUCACAAAAUAAAACCAAUAAAUGAUCUUUUGGAGAUAGAAGGCGCAAAUGGUCAGAGGGUGCCUUAUAUUGGAUAUGUGGAACUCUGUUUGACAUUUCCCCCUGAGUUCAUAGGAGAAGAGAGGGAUAUAAACACUUUGGCCUUGGUUGUUCCAGACCUGCGAUCAUCACAACCCUCUGUUCUGAUUGGCACCAACACUUUGGACGUUGUGUACAACCAGUGCUGUCAGUCACAGUCUAAGUUUCAUCCUGUGCCUUUUGGAUAUA